AUGAGAGGCCACGAGCUGAAGGUCAGCGAGGUCGAAGCCGAUGGUUGCGUGCCGCUCUCGCAGACGCGCUACGCCAAGCGUGGUGUCGCCGAGUCCGUGCCGGUGGUGGACAUGGACAAGUGCAUUCAGUGCAACGUUUGCAGUGCCAUUUGCCCACACGCUGUGAUCCGUCCCUUCCUGCUCUCACAUGCCGAGCUCAAGAAGGCCCCGGAAGCGUUUGAUGCACGCAAGGCAACGGGUGGGAACACGUACGCUGGACUGCACUUCCGCAUCCAAGCCUCUCCGAACGACUGCACUGGCUGCGAGGUCUGCACCAACGCCUGUCCAGUUGGAGCUUUGUCCAUGCUACCCCGCGUGGAGUCACUCGACAAGGGCCACGGUGACAACUGGGACUAUGCCAUGACCAUCCCGAACCGCGGCAAGCGCUUCGAUGCCAAUACGCUCAAAGGCUCUCAGUUCCAGGAGCCUUUGCUGGAGUUCUCCGGUGCAUGCGAAGGAUGCGGCGAGACUCCUUAUGCCAAGCUUGUGACGCAGAUGUUCGGCAAGCGCUUGAUUGUCGCCAAUGCCACAGGCUGCAGCAGCAUUUGGGGAGGAACUGCCGGCUGGGUUCCCUAUGCCACAGACAAGGAGUCGGGCAAGGGCACCGCUUGGGGCAAUUCGCUGUUCGAAGACAAUGCAGAGUACGGUCUGGGUCAGGUCAUCCACGUCCGCCAGCGUCGCCGCCAGCUGCGUGACCGCGUGGAG